AUGCACUCCCUUGAGCAGGAAAGGAUUACUGAGGAGGCAGGCCUAAUUGCAAAAAGCCAGACAUUUGCUGAUGAUGAACGUGCUACAAAGGACCAACGCGCACCGUACGGUAGGAGCUUCGGUCAUCGUAUCCGAAGCUUGAUAUGGUUGGUACUUCCAUGGGCGAUAAGUGCGGUCUUGCUUGUGGUCCUGAUUUGGGACCUGACGAUUCGCACGACGAGCAAAGAUCCGAUGCAACGAUUAUACUCACCGGUUGAGCGUGAAAUCGAAUUCGAGACAAGGCGCUUUUAUCGCAGCCGUGGUGACGACAAAUCCCCGUAUCAGGGAUGGCCUUCGGAUGAGAUUGACCAGCUAUGGAAAAAUAGCUAUGUCCGUGGAUUGAACACCUAUGUAACUGCGGAGGAGGCCAGUCUUCUUCCAGAGAAAACGCUAAGGGUUCCUGUUCCCGGGCGAGAAAACGAGUUUAUGGUCGUGCUCGAUGAUGUCAUCCGUCAAUCAUGGUAUCCGAAAAGAUACGGUCGAGGAAUGUAUCACCCCAACGGUACGUUGGACUAUUGUCAAUGGCUACAUUACGACCAUUGCCUGGACCAAAUUCGCCAAGCACUCAUGUGUGCCGCAGACACAAGCGUGGUGUUUUUCGAGUGGAGCAAACAAUCCAAUGCAUCUAGACCUCGAGUCGACAAUCUGCACACAUGCCGAAGUUUUGACAAGAUUAAAGACUGGGCUUUCGAUCGCGAUAUUGGUGAAUACCAUUCGCAUCGGCAUGUAGUGCCAUCUGAGGACGGGCAAUUCACAAUACAACGAACAACGCAUUCUGAUCAUGGGGACGCGUCGGAGUGUUUUGCGACAUGA